AUGCCUAACAGGCGCCGGACCCCCGCUGCCGCCAGCACUUGUCGCCCAACCCCCCAUCAGCGGCUAUUCUGGAGAGAUGGCAUCACCACCUUAAUACCUUUAUGGGUCUGGAUUCUGCCGCAGGCCCGCCUACAUCAUUGGCAAAUCACCAGCCACCAGCCCAGCUUACCUGGCGCUUCCUACGUCGCGGCUUUGUCUGACGGGAAACGACAGCAGUUUCUUUCUUUCAGACUGUCUCUUCAUCAUUUUGUUACCGCUCAUCCUUUCAGCAUCAACCUCGACUGUCCCUUGUCCGGCAUUGCUGAGGGACCCCGCCUCAGAAUCCAUAACCUUAGGCUCUCGGCGACGAGAUACUUGUGCAGACGAAACGGUGUCACCAAGCAAGCUAGCUAUCUUACGUUACCUCCGCACAAAACAGCUCGAGCAUACGCAAGACCCCUACGCAAGCUCGCCUCGUCGUCUUCCUUCGAGCUGAGUAGCCCGUCCGUUGCUGUCGACAAUCUCUCCAUCGCCCGAAUCUUGCUUACGAGACGUACAACCGCUUAUAGCUCGCAUCCCGCCCGCUUCAUUGCUCUCCGCCACGCCUCCUCUCGUUAG